AUGGCUGCAGCGCCCCAGCUUGAAACGGCCGCAAAGGUCAGUCGCCCACACGACCUCGAAUUCGGCGAAGAGGCCGAGCCAGGAUUGAGCUGGUGCCCGUUCAAACUUCUCCGAGGAUUUCCUCAUCAACAUGUGAAGAAGGAGUCUGAGAAGGUCGCCAUGUGGUUCAGGGCCAAUAUCUUCACUUCGCGCAAAUGGGAUCUAUAUUGCAUCUCUGAUCUCAAUGGCGAGAAGGAGUCCAUACUCAUGGUGCCCACGGCUCAGUUUGAGCGUAUGAUUGCAGAUGCCAAUAAGCAGCUCAACCUCGAUCUCAAGAUUCCUACCGAUUCGAAGGAUGGUGCCCUCGUCAACGUCUUCGACGGUCCCAUUUUGCCUCGCUUCGUUCGCAGGAUUGACAACCAGACUGGCUUGUCGAAUGCCAUUGAGCUUUCAAAGCUGAUCCAGCCGGGCGAUAUCGCCAAAGGCAGUUUCAGCAAGGAUGAGGUUAUUGCCUAUGGCGAGAAGAUAGAGCUCAUCUACGACCAUCUGAGCCGUCACAAUAGCAAAGCUGACAAGAAGGAGGCUAGGCGCCGCAAGGCAAUCGUCCGUCAAAAGGGCUGGGGCCAGCAACUCAAGCGAGCACAGCGCUACCUAGGCAUGCGCCACAAGACCAUAUUCGGCUUCGACGAGCAGCCGCACAUUUUCACCGCCAAUGAGACCCAAAGUGUUUUAUUCCAGUGCCUCCAUACUCCCUUCCCAAUGGAAUGCAUGGUCCGAUUGAUCUCCUUUGACGUCGAGGCCGCUGAGUUCAGCUCAACCACAAUCACGGAAAUUGGUCUCGCCAUCCUUGACACCCAGCGCAUCCUGGAUUCCGAUCCGAUGAAGACGUCUUUCGCUGACUGGGGCGAAUUCAUUGAGACGCACCAUCUGCGCAUUACAGAACACAAGGACAUCGUCAACAAGACAUAUGUGAAGGGAUGUCCUGAUGACUUUCUGUUUGGUACCAGUGAGUUUGUUGGCAUGAAAGACGUCCAUGGCCGCCUCUCGGAACUGAUCCGUGGGGAUGAGAACUUUGUCCUUGUGGGCCACGAUGUCGGUAGUGACGUUAAGUACUUUGAGUCUCUUGGUAUUCGGCUUCGCGACCUAGCUGGGUACCGAGACGAGAUUGACACCAAGGAUAUCCUGCGCAGCGCCCAACGUUGCAACGACGCUCGUUCACUCGAAUUUCUGUGUCGGGAGCUGAGUGUAUCACCCAGCAGUCAUUUCCACAAUGCCGGAAAUGAUGCCGUCUACACCAUGCAAUGCCUGCUGAAAAUGGUUCAACGCAAGUCAGCCGGUGAGAAAAUCUCAAACUCGGAAAGAGAUGGCUGGGAGCCUGAGGGAGACCCUCGUGAUUGGAGCGACGGUAACGAGGACGACGGCGGUCUUCCCCUCGUUCUCAGAAGACUGAAAAAUUGA